UCUUUUGUGUUCCAGCAUCGCAGUGUAAGUCUCCGAGCAGCAGUGAGCAGCCAAUCAGCUCCCGAUGCGCUGGUUUCACUCCUGCUUCUCACACGCUCUGUGCGCGCGCGCGUGUGUGUGUGUGUCUGUCUGCACGAGCGCGCUAUAACCCCCCCCACCCACACAAACGCACAGACAAAAUACUGCAGAUCAUGAGCAGUUUCUUUCCAGUCACUCCCCUCCUUUCACCUUACCCACUCGCGUUAAAAGCGUCGUUGAGCUCCUGCAGGGCGCUCAGAGCACUGAUGGACCGGAGGAGGAUGGAUGCUGAGGGAGGCCGCGUGGUCCACCGGGACAGGCGCGCGGGACAACUUGCGGUGGUCGUGGCGGUGCAGAACGUGCUGGUGGCUGCGUGCCUUCUGGUCACUCUUUUCGUUUACUGGGAAACUCAGGGGCUGAAGCCGCAGCCCACUGCUCCUGAUGAUAUACACAUAGAGUUUGAAGCCAUACCAGAAAUGGAAGGCAAUGAUACACUGAAGUUCAAUGGCAUUCAAAGCAGAAAAAAUAUGAGUGUGGCCGGCGAAAAGAAUGAGACGAUCUCUAUCGAAUGCACUGGACCCUACAUUUUGUAUAUGGAUGUGUGUUACAAGUCCAAAAGCAACGAGGAGGCCAACGGGACCCUGCGACUGCUGGUGGUGGGGCAAGAAACUCAUCUCAUCAAUUUCGACAUGCAAGGUUCACGUGAGAUCUGCAGGGGGCUCCACUCCGUAGUCUACCUCAGAGCAAAGGAGAAGGCUGCUCUGCACUUGUACUCCACAAAUCACUUCAAGAUUAAGAACGCAACUGUGGGCCUGAACUAUAUGCUGGGAAGUCGGUGUAUUACCUGAUGAGUGCCUCGUAACGCUCUCUCACACUCUAAGAAAAAGCAUGAAGACAUGAAGCUGACUGGAAUGAGGAAGGGAGCUCAGCACUUGCAGUCAUCUGCCGCUGUGAGAACAGACACUAAGCAGGACUCACACUGACGGCACAGCUUGUGUUGACAGACUCUUUUCUGUUUUGUUUAUUACCUCAGCCAAGGGAGCUAUGGCUCUGUGCUUGAACCAUUUUGAUUAGGGCUGCAAGUAAUGAUUAUUUUCAUUAUAGAUUAAUCUCAAUUGGGCUUUAA